UGAAAAGUGUUUGGUGAGUACAGUCUUUCAAGUGAUGCUUAGCAGUGAGUGUGGCAUGUUGGGAAGCUGGGCAUCUGGGGGUGAUAUGGGGCCAGGGGCUCCCCUUUCUCUUCCCUCCAUCCGAGCUCUCUUCCUUCAUACCCAACUUUGUUGUCUCCCAAACUUAUCAGAACCCCCCUUGCUCUUCCAUUCCUGAGAAUGAAUGUCUACCCCCUUCUCAUCCCCUCUAGUCCACAUGGAACUUUCCAGUUCCCAGGUGGGCCAGUCAACGAGGUUCUGACCCCUGAGGGCAAGCUGGCCUUAGAGUUCUAGCCAGGUCUCCAAAGGGCCUCUGGUUCUGACACCUGCUUUCAGUGAGAGCCAGACUUGGGUGGAGAACAGAAACCUGGGGCUAAAGAGGAAGUGGGGAAUUGUGGGUGUUGCUGGGGAGAAACAAGCACACUCUUACUUCACUGUGGUUUCUUCCUGGGCUUUCUCAGCUUUCCUCACUCCGUCUUGUGAGUCAGGAGACUACAGUUUCUCUGUAAGCCUUUAUCUAGUGCAGUUCAGGAGCCUAGCUACAAAGCCUGUGGCUGGAGGAUCCACAGGGCCACACGGGCCUUGCUCAGCUUCCCUCUUGUCCACGGAGGUCUCUGCUUCCUCGGCAAUUCAUCCCACACUGGCUAUGGUGGCUGCCUGGAUCCUGCCCUGCCCUGGUCUCUUCUCCUCAGAGCAUCCCUAGUCCUUCCCUUCCUGCCCCAUCCCAGCUGAGAAGAGGACCUAUGGCCUGGGAGGCCACAUGCCUGCUGUCCCCCAUCCUGCUGGUGCUCCUGGCCUCAGGUUCCUGGACACAGAACACAGAGUUACUUCCAACAGUGGAGGGCAACACCGUUUUGGUGAGAUGCUGGUAUGAUCCCAGGCAACGCUUCAAGGAGAAAGUGUGGUGUCAGGAAACACGAGAAAAAAAUUGUAAACUGUUAGUGUCCAGUCUCAGCACAGAUGCUCAGCAGUCAAAAUUCUCCAUCUGGGACUAUCCUGAUUAUCAAUUCUUCACUGUCACCAUGACUGCACUCACGGUGAGAGACUCGGGUCCUUAUUUCUGUGGGGUCGCUGAAAAUCGCAGAACGAUCUUUAUUCUCAGAAACAUCUACCUGAAGGUGUCAAAAGGUGAGCUCCCCCUUCUAUGUGGCUCUCAGCCUUCCUGAGUCACAAAGACUCUAGAAACUGCUUCCUCUAGUACCUGAGAGCUGGGCACAGGG